AUGUCUCAUCAAGAUGCUUCCCCCAGCGAGGAGCACAAGCCUGUCGAGGACAAGCGCGCUUCGGCAGCCUCCUCUGACAGCGAACCUGCUGCCGAAAAUGACGAAUCUUUCGAAGACGCUGUGGACGCUGUCGAUUCCGUGUCGGUACGAUCUCUAACCAAGAGAGCUGUCUCGGCCUCCAGAGCUCCCGCUUCCGAAGAGCAACAUCAACCCCCAAGCACCGAGACUGCACACGAACACGCCCAACAAGCCGAACCAGAGACCACCGAGGAAGCUGACGCCAAAUCGCAUCGCGACUCAUCUCCCUUGUCUAAACGACUAUCAAACACAUCAAACCUCGACAAUGUCAAUCUGGAUGACGAAGCCCCCUCUGCCGAUGCAGGAAAAGUUCAAGCGCCAACGGAAAUCGAACAGCGGCCCAAGACAUUGUCCCUGAGCAGCAUUACAAGCGCUCUCCCCUCCAUGCCCUGGUCCCCGCCCGCCGGCACAUCGCCUGCAAAGAGUCCUGGAGCAUCGUCUACCGCCACAACGGCGCCUCUCCCCACAACUACCGUAUCGCAGCCUCCACCACCGACUAGAAAACUUACCGGCGCCUUCUCUUGGCUAUCUCGAAACUCAUCCGCCAAAGAUGCUGUCCCUACCCAGCAGACUACGAAGCGGCGAAACACGGCUAGCUCUGUUGGCACCCUGACCAGCAAUCCCGAGAUGAUGCUCGGCAAACUGGAGGAAGAGACCGAAAGCGGAAAGGCGGAAGCCAGAAAAAGCCUCAAGGACAGAUUCAAGCUGCUGCGUAUGCAGCAAGAGGCAGGCAUUCCACCCCAUGCGCUCGAAGACGACAAUGGUACCAACGGGGCUGGUCUCGGGUUGGUCAACGGCGACGCGGCUUCGAUUACCAGCGACCUGGCUUCACCUAGCUCGGUGCCGACCCCCACUGUCGAUCUUGCACCUGGAACCGUCUCUGGAGUCAAUGCCGGCCCUUCGGCCAUGCCAGAACCCCAGGUAGACUGGGACUUGUGGCAAUCAGUUGUGUAUGAGGGCCCAGCUGUUGUUGCGCGCACCAGUGCUGAGGAACUGAACCGCGCCAUUACCACCGGCAUCCCAAGUGCCAUCCGAGGUGUCAUUUGGCAAGUGUUGGCCCAGAGUAAGAACGCCGAGCUGGAGGCUGUUUACAAAGACCUCGUUGUCAAAGGCACAGACAAGGAGAAGAAGCGCCACAGCAACAGCACCACCGCCAGCGCAUCUAGUAGUGGCAACAGUGCUCAGAAUGGAGAGGCUGUUGCCUCUUCAGCCUCUUCAGUUAGAUCCGACCGCUCUGGCACAAACGCCAGCAUGUCAUCCAAAGCAGAAAAGGCGAGCGAACAAAGCCCCAAGGCCCAGGCAGUGGCAGCUGCGGAGCGCAAGAAGAAGGAAAAGGAAGAAGCUGCAGCCCUCCAAAAACUCGAAAAGACCAUCCGACGUGAUCUGGGCGCUAGAACUAGUUAUUCAAAGUAUGCCGCUUCAGCAGGUCUGCAGGAUGGCUUGUUUGGCGUUUGCAAAGCAUACGCUCUCUAUGAUGAAGGUGUUGGAUACGCGCAAGGCAUGAAUUUCCUGAUCAUGCCCCUUUUAUUCAACAUGCCGGAAGAGGAAGCCUUUUGCUUGCUCGUGCGCCUGAUGCACAACUAUGACCUUCGAGGACUCUUCGUGCAGGACAUGCCUGGUCUUCAUAUGAGACUCUAUCAGUUCGAGCGCCUUUUGGAAGAUAUGGAGCCAGCCUUAUACUGCCAUCUCAAGCGCCGUGGAAUAUCUCCCCAUCUCUAUGCCACGCAAUGGUUCCUCACCCUCUUCGCCUACCGCUUUCCCCUGCAGCUUGUCCUCCGCAUCUACGACUUGAUCUUCACUGAAGGUCUUUCUGCCAUCUUGAGAUUCGGCAUCGUUCUGAUGCAAAAGAACGCGAGCCUUCUACUUGGCAUCUCUGAUAUGCAGCAGCUCACAACUCAUCUGAAGGACAAAGUCUUUGACGUGUACAUUGACAAGGACCCCAGCGCGGGAAGUUUGCUGGAAAAUGGGUUUUUUGGCAGCUCAAGUGCCAGUAUAGACAAGGAAGUCUACAGGGCUGAUCAGCUAGUCAAGGAUGCGUCGGAAGUCAAGCUCACACCCGAAACGUUGAAAAUUUACACUACUGAGUGGGAGGAGAAGACCAAGGCCGAAAAGGAUCGCGAGACAGAGCUUCACGAGCUAAAGAUGGCAAAUCAGAGCUAUGCUAUCCAAUUGCGCAAACUGGAAGAAAGAGUCGAGGCCUGCGAUCGCGAACAAGCUGAUCUUGCGACGGAGCUCGUACACACAAAGGUCGAAAACCAAGAGCUGAAGGAUGAAAACGAAAGUCUCAAAGGCCAAGUCCAAGAACUACGACUGGUGAUUGAGAAGCAGCCGACAGAAAUCGAAGAAGCCUGGAAGCUCGAAAGAGACAACCUCAUGAAGCGCAACGAAAAUGUCCACGAAGAAAACCGGAAGCUGGAACAAGAACUAGCAGAGCUGGAGGAGGAACUUGUCCAGACCAAAAUGCAAUACGCCGAGAUUAAUUCUCAGCAUGAGACGCUCAACAGGAAAUGGAGCGAUCUCAAGCGGCAAUUCGCAUAA